AUGGAGAAAUUCUGUCCAGGAGACACCAGCACAUCGCACGAUUGGCGACUGAUACUUAGUCCUUACCACCAGCCUUUACACGCUGGGCUUUCGUCCUGCGGCAAAGCCAACUUACGGAACACACAAAACUCCUCUUCCGACCCUGUAUCCAUGUCAUCAUCAGAACCCCUGAUGAAACAAACCAUGGCGUGGAUCCAUGCAACCAAAAAAGCAGUAUCCACCAACAAGCACGGACUUUUCGAUGCUCGACUCGAAUGGUUGAUGUGGCUUGCAUUACACGUUUCUGGCAUAUUCCUCGCAGAGUUUAUCAUAUCCACGAACCUGCUGCAAGCGCUCGCAGUUCGUCUGGAAUUCACGUCGUCGUGA